AUGUGGUUCCUCGCCCUCUUCUUCACCCUCCUCGUCUCCUUCGUCAACCAAUUCUUCUACCUCCGCCAGAACCCCGUCUCCAUCACCUACACCGUCGUGUCCCACAUCUCCCUCCCCAUCGGCAAAUUUCUCGCCCGCGUCCUACCUACAACCAAAUUCCGGAUAUUCGGAUCUCUUGGAGGACCCCUCGUGUCGCUCAACCCAGGACCAUUUAAUAUCAAGGAGCAUGCGUUGAUCGGGACGGCAGUCGCGUGUUGUUCGGGGACCGCGUAUGCGGUCGAUAUUGUCAUUUUGCAGAAGAAGUACUAUGGCGAGGACCAAGGGUUUAUGGCGGGGUUCAUGUUGGUCUUGACCACCCAGGUCACCGGUUUCAGUUUAGCUGGCGUUUUGAGGAAAUUUCUGGUUAGACCUCCAAGCAUGAUCUGGCCCGCCAACCUUGUCACCGUGGCGCUAUUCAGGACCCUGCACGAGUCCUCCGAGGAUGGCGAUGAAGACGACAUCAUCGACACGGAUCAUAUACAAGGAGAAGGUGAACAAGGACACGAGAUGAAACAAGGAAGCAGAGCAUCAUCACGUUUCAGCGGAAUCAGGAAGAAACGCAAAGUGAGCCGUCUCCGGUUCUUCACCUACGUCUCCCUCGGCUCAUUCAUAUGGUACUGGUUCCCCAACUACAUCUUCCCAACUCUUACCGCAUUCUCAAUCCUCUGUUGGAUCAACCCCCAGAACGUAAUCCUCUCCCAACUAACAGGAUCCAACGGCCUCGGGAUCGGAACCCUCUCCUUUGACUGGGCGACUUCAACUUCUGCUCUCUCACCACUUGUAACCCCUUGGUGGGCGCAAGUCAACAUCCUGGUUGGGUUUGUGAUUGUCGCUUGGAUUAUUGCCCCGAUCGUGUAUUACUCCAACCUGUGGAACUCCAAGAACUUCCCGAUUCUGACGGCGGGGUUGUUUAGGGAGGAUGGGACGCCGUAUGAUAAGGCAAUGGUGAUGACGAACAAUGUGUUGCACCCUGUGAAGUAUGAGGCGUAUGGACCUCUCAGAAUGGAUUCUUUCUUUGCCCUCACGUACGGGAUUGGAUUCGCGGGGUUGACGGCGACAUUGACACAUGUAGCCUUGUACCAUGGCAAGGACAUCCGUGACCAGUGGAGGGCCGCUAUUGCAAUGAAGGACCACGAUAUACACUCCCGGAUGAUGAUGAAAUACAAGGAAGUUCCUCAAUGGUAA